AUGUCUUUUCUCUUUGGUCGUCGUCCGCGGACAAACACCGACCUCCCGAAGCAGGCUAAAGAGCUCCUCAUAAGGCUCGAAGGGUCUACGGGAGCGGUCAAGGCAGAGGAGCUCAUGAAGACAAUGUCCCAAAUAAAAUUCAUAUUACAGGGGACUCAAGAGACGGAAAGCACCCCAGAACAGAUAUACUCCCUUGUCACUGGUAUGAUACAAGAGGAUUUGCUAUACCAACUCGCUUUGAAUCUUCACCGACUCACCUUUGAAUCAAGAAAAGAUGCUCAAGUUAUCUUUUCGUAUGUUCUUCGCUUUCGUCCCCCAACUGCCUCACCCAAGAGCGAACCCUUGGCAUUAAGCUAUGUCAUCAAUAAUCGGCCCGAAGUUCUCGUGGAAUUGUGUAAUGGCUACGACCGACGGGAAAGCGCCACGCCUGCAGGAACUGUCCUCAGAGAAGUAUUAAAGAGUGAGGCAGCUGCCGCUAUCAUCUUAUAUGAUGAUCCAAGUGAGGAUGGGUAUAGUCCAUCAAAAGGCCUAACAGGCGUCAAUCCUGAAGUGAGACAAAGUGGACGAGGAGUAUUCUGGAAGUUUUUCAAGUGGAUAGAUCAGGGGACAUUUGAAGUUGGAGCAGACGCUUUCACUACAUUCAGAGAAAUUCUAACCAAACACAAAACUAUGGUUGCACAGUAUUUAGCAACAAAUUUCGACCUCUUCUUCGAUAAAUACAAUAAUAUUCUCAUCAAAUCUAGCAGUUAUGUCACCAAAAGGCAGUCUAUAAAGCUACUCGGUGAGAUUCUCCUUGAUCGGGCAAACUAUGCUGUUAUGACAGCAUACGUAGAUAGAGGAGAAAACCUUAAGAUUUGUAUGAAUUUAUUACGAGAUGAACGAAAGAUGGUGCAAUACGAAGGUUUCCACGUUUUUAAGGUUUUCGUGGCAAAUCCUCACAAAUCGAUUGCUGUUCAGAAGAUCCUGCUCAUUAAUAGAGAACGACUAUUGACAUUCUUAAAGGGAUUCUUAGAGGAUCGCACUGAGGAUGAACAAUUCAUUGACGAGAGGGAGUUUUUGAUUAAGCAGAUUAAAAACAUGCCAGCAACACCCGUCGAACCGACGCAGAAGCCUGUCUUAUUAGGGAGUACUUUGCGAUAA